UGGCGGCGGCCCCUCUGUAGCGCCCGGCGCCGGUGCCGGCCCCGCCAUGGCGGACCUGGGCCGGCAGCUGCACGAGUACCUCGCGCAGUCCAAGGCCGCUGCCGCUGGCAGCCCCAGCGCGGGCCCCGCGCCGCCGCCCGCCGGCGGCCCGCAAGCAGAGGAGGGGGAGGGCGGUGGGCUGCGGGCCUGGCUGGGCGCGCUGAACCCUUUCCCGCCGGGCGCUGUCCCCGGCGCCCCGGGCAGCGCCGCGUGGCCGUGGGCGGGCGAGGCGGACCCGUGGCUGCCGGGGCUGUCGCGCUGGCAGCGGCUGGCGGGCAGCGCUCUGUGCGUGCUGCUGGCCGCGCUGUGCUUCGGGCUGGCCGCGCUGUGCGCGCCGCUGCUGCUGCUCCGCGCCCGCAAGUUCGCGCUUCUCUGGUCGCUCGGCUCGCUGUUCGCGCUGGGCGCCGCCGCGCUGCUGCGCGGGCCCGCCCGGCUGCUGCGGGAGCCGGGGCGCGGGGCGCUGCUGUACCUGGCGGCGCUGCUCGGGACGCUGUACGCCGCGCUGGUGCUGCGCAGCACCGCGCUCACCGCGCUGGGCGCUGCCGCUCAGCUCGGCACCGCGGCCGCCGCGCUCCUGGCCGCGCUGCCCGGCGGCGCCGCCGGCCUGCGCCGUCUGGCCGGGUUGUUCCGCGCCGCGCUGAGCAGCCGCGGCAAGGCACUGCCCCUGUGAGAGCGGCCGGGCCGAGCCCGGCCCUGCCCGGGUGAGCCCGGCCCUGCUGCCGCCCCGGCGGAGGAGCGGCCGUGUCAGGGGGACUGAGAGCCUUGAGCUCUCGCCAGCCGACUCCGAGACCGGGAACGCCGCUCCCUCCGCGUCCUGCCGGGUUUUCCUCGCCGGUUCUCCAGGAGGAGCAGCAGCGGCUGGCGGCCCGGAGCGGGCCCGGUGUCCCCGAGCUGUGCCUGCCGCGCUCAGGUGUCAGCCUGGCGGCGUUUGCCUUACCGCGCAGCCAGCUCCAUAGCCGUGGCCUGGAGUCGCUCCACUGCUGGGUAGGAGCUGGCAGCAUCCCACUUCCCUACCUCCAGGAUGGCACCACGUGGCUGCUGCCGCUGCUUCAGACCGUGAGCGAGAUCGGAGCCGACGCGCUGCAGUUACGGACCUGCCCGUUACCGAGGAGCGGCCGAGCCGCGCGGGGCCGACGAAUGCUGAAACACGAAGAUGAUUUAGCAAAAUCUGAUCACGUCUGGGGGACAACGUUCAAAAAUGAACUGUUUUUACCUCAUUUUAUGCUGACCCCUACACUCUGAACGUGCUGUGGGGAAUCUGAAGAUUGUGGCCACUAAACUGCUUUUCUCUUUAAAACCAGCUUUAAAAUACCAUGCAGAUGGCAGAAUAGCAAGCUGCGGUGAUUGCCUGGGUUUUGGAAUUUUAACAUCAGCACCACUUGUAAUCUGUACACAGCUGUGGCUAAAGGUGAAAAGGAAGGUUCUCUGUGCAUGAUAAACCCAAAAACUACAAGUCAGCUCUCACUAUUUUAAAUGGCUGAGAUUUCAGGAGGUAGUUCUGUUGCUCCAUCUGAAACACGAGUUUGCCUAAAGACAACCCCCUAUAGUAAUAGUUACUUCCGCUCCUUCCUCCUCGAGAAGGGUUGUUGCCUCCCCCGGGGCCUCCACCAAAGGCUUCAUCCCUGUGGAAUCCAUCAUGGUGGUCUCCAUCUAACGAUCCAGACCUCCCAGAUUUUGGCGCUCUUUGUGAAGGUCCAGAACUUCCUCGUCCUGCAAAGGAAGCACAGCCAGUCAGUGGUGAUUCUGGUUUCCGCCCUCCUUCAAAGCGUGGAAAUUCAUCUGGAGUAGGAAGCAAACCCUUCCGGGCUCCUGAGCAGUAAGAGAAGCAGGGGACAGGAGUGAGAAAAGACAUUGUAUUCAUGAGAAGACUGUCUGCCCAAGAAAUGCCUUUCCUUCCUCCUUGCAUUUCCAUGUGGAAGAACGUUCCCCUCACCUCUGAGAGCACCGCGACCUCGCCCCCGGACACCAUGGUCCCUUCCUCUGGAGUUUUCAUCGGGAGAGUCAAAAGCGUCAUCUGGCCCAAAAUCUUCAGGGCCAGGAAAGCCAUCUCUGCCCCGGGGUCCCCGGCCCUCAUGUCUUGAGGGUCCUCCUCCUCUUCUGAAGCUACAAGAAAGAACAUGAUACAAAUAUGGGAUUUAGGUAGAACUGAGUCAGCUUCAGUUUUAUAAUCAACUAAUUUCUGAACUGUUUCACCUAAUGCUACAGCACAUAAAGUUACUAGAACAGGAUAUGGAGGUGGAAAAGUGCUCAUUUUCUGCCUUCGAGCACUUUGAUAGUCAUUUUUUUUAGUUUUCCCCUCAUAUUUCCUUCUGUUGAUUGUGUUGGCUUUUCAUAGGAGAAUUUUGUUAAACAUACUGCAUUCAUUUAAUGAAAAGGUGGGAAAAAAAUGAAUGAGUGAUGAUAGAUGUGAGGUAAGGCAAGAAAAAGCAAUUUCCCUUAA